AUGUACCAACUCAGAUUACAAAGACCCCAGAUCUCCUUUCCUUCACUGAAGCAGAAAUGGGAAGAAUAUCGGCUCCAGUGUUUGGAGUAUCUCCAUGAAACACCCCCUCUUGUGGCAGAAGGCAAGUUCUGCAACAGGACAUUUGAUGAAUAUGCAUGUUGGCCUGAUGGUCUGCCUGGCACCUAUGUGAACACGAGCUGCCCUUGGUAUCUUCCAUCAGCUAGCCCAGGGCAUGUUUACCGCUUCUGCACACUGGAGGGCACGUGGCUGCUGGAGGAAAAUUCCACCAUUCCAUGGAGGAACAUAUCUGAGUGUAUGGCUACUGAUGAAGACUCACCAGAAGGCCACAUGCUAUUCCUUUCUGCCAUCUAUACCACUGGAUAUGCUCUUUCCUUCUCGGCCCUUGUCAUAGCAACUGGCAUCCUCCUGGGGUUCAGGCACCUGCACUGCACCAGGAACUACAUUCACUUGAACCUUUUCACCUCAUUUAUCCUCCGUGCUAUAUCCAUCUUCAUUAAAGACUCCGUGAUAACAUGGAUGUAUAGGACAGCCCCUCGUGAACAGCAGUGGGAGAGUUUAUUCUCUUAUCAGGAGUCACUUAGCUGUCGCUUGGUCUUUGUGAUGAUGCAGUAUUGUGUGAUUGCCAACUACUAUUGGCUGUUGGUGGAGGGAAUGUACUUGUAUACGCUGCUAGCACUAUCCGUUUUUUCUGAGCAGAGAAUCUUUCGGCUCUACCUUUUUGUUGGCUGGGGUGUGCCAGUGCUGUUUGUUAUCCCCUGGGGAAUUGUCAAGUACCUUUAUGAAGAUGUGGGCUGCUGGAACAAGAAUCUCAACAUGAACUACUGGCUGAUCAUCAGGCUGCCCAUCCUUGUUGCUAUAGGGAUAAAUUUCCUGAUCUUUAUCAGAGUUAUUUGCAUUAUCAUUUCUAAGCUGCAAGCCAACCUGUUGCGCAAAACUGACAUAAAAUGCAGAUUGGCCAAAUCUACGCUGACUCUGAUUCCACUGUUGGGGACCCACGAGAUUGUAUUUGCUUACAUUACUGAUGAGCAUGCCCAAGGAACAUUGCGCUUUGUGAAGCUCCUUUUUGAACUCUCCUCCUCUUCCUUUCAGGGUCUUCUGGUUGCAAUUCUCUACUGUUUUAACAACAGUGAGGUUCGGACAGAAUUUCAGAAAAGUUGGGAGCGCUGGCGACUAGAGCACUUUUAUGUCCGCAGAGACAGCAACAUGAAGCCACUCAAGUACCCAGCCAACAGUAUAAGCAGUGGAGGUACCCUGGGGAGCACAGUCUAUGCUGCCACUUUCCAGGCUACAUUCAGCUAAUAUUUCUGUGGAGGCAAGUGCAGAGGAGUCUGACCAACUGACAUGAACUGUAGGAGGUACAAUC